CAAAGUUUGUUUGUGGUCUAAUUCGUUAUUAUGAUUGGGUUUAUACUUUCGUAAUAUUUAUUGUCUAAAAUAAUUAACAAUCAUUUAGUUUUAUUGAUAAAAUAUUAGUAGUCGUAGCCAAAGAUGAGACGGACCUAUAGAUCUAAAAAAGAUGAUGGUAGCAUAGACCCCAAAGGAUUAAUUACAAAAAUUGAUGCCCGAAGUUCGGCAUUCGACAAUUUUUAUAUUCACAACAUAAAAUUAAACAAAAAAGAGCUUUUCCCGUCGGCGUGUUCGAAUCAGAUUAAUGCAGCUUCUAAGAAGAUUCGCAAAAGGAAAUACGUAAAGCGAAUUGUUAAUGAUGUGUCACAACGGGCGGUACCGCAUUCUGCUGAACCGGGGACCCAGUCGGUGCUUCUUACGCCGGACAAGUCCAUACACGUGAACAAAGCGCCGGAUCCAUUCGAUCUGCUUUUAAGAUCCUCUCCUACUUUCUCACAGAGUCCUAUGUUAAUAAAAAAAUCGAGGGAAAAACCUAAUAUUAAAAAGAAGACAAAAUUUAACAGUUCUAAUGCUGAGUGUGAAGAUUGGAAUAAUGAAAAUGCAACUACUAAAGUUAACUCCCUUUGUCAAAGCACAUCUGAUGUUAGAUCUCAUAGAUUGAGGGUUGAAGUAGAAGGUACUGGCAACCGCAAAUGCCAUGAUGAGUCCAUCAGCAGAAUAGUAAGGAUCAUGCCACUUCUAAAUGACAAUAACAAAGAUGCACAUAGACUUACAGCCACCUACAGAAACUCACCAGCUGCAGGAAAUUCUCCACUUUGUAGUACCCCAUUUCAACUUAAAUAUAGAUGUAAAUCUAUUUUUAACAUUUCACCUAUCUCAAACAACUUUAAUGAAAGCUCUAAAGUGGUGAUGAAGUCUUUGAAUAGAAGUAGCUUGCUGGAUGAGGAUGUAAAUGCAUCACAAUGUGAAUCAUCUGUUCAAAAACAAUCCUCAUUAGGCGCAAAUACGACAAACAGAGAAGGAAUUCAGACAAAAAGCAAGGAUCCAAUCAAUGGUCAAGCUAGCUUUGAGUGUAAAAAGCAAGCAAGCUUGGAGAGCAAACAGCUUAACACCUUUUCAACAUCUGAAUUGGAACCAUGCUAUGGAUUUUCCAAGGUUGCCCUCAUUGACAACAUCAACCAAAACACUGAUCAUAUUCGUAAUUAUCUUGAAACUCAUGUACACAAUAUUUCUGUACCAAAUAAAUCAUAUAAAACAUCGUCAGAAUUUAAAAACAAGAAAUUUGAUCAAAUUGAAGACGAAUGUUUAAGGAGUUCCAGUGAUUGCCUACUAUCUGAUUCAUUACCAUACAAAAAAGUUAAUACAAAGAAAGAAUGUGCAUCUAAAAACAGACAUUGUACCAGCAGUAAUAAAGACUAUAUGCACAGUAACCUGUUGACAUCUCCGGAGACAGCUAGCCCAUGCAACAAGACUAACUAUAUCCAGUGUAAAAGUAAUAACGGUUUACUCAAUCAUAAUAAUAGUUUAUGUAAUCCUAAUCUGGUAGUUACUUUAGAAAAAAUGAAUGAUUCCAUCUUUUACAAAUAUUACACGAAGUAUAAAAGUACAGAAACCAUAAGACACCAAUCUAAGGUUUUUAAAGACCUUACAAAUUUAGAACAAAGAGAUAAUUUUAUUGAGUUAGUAAAUGUUUCAUACAACACAGAUUUUAGCAAUAAUUUGGAGGACAAUGCUUUGAAUAACACAGAUUAUGGCAAUAAUUUGGAAGAAAAAGAUUAUCUUAUUGAGUUAUCAAACACUUCAUAUAACACAGAUUAUGGAAAUAUUUUGGAGGAAAAGGAGAAUCUUACUGGGUUAUCGGAUGUUUCAUAUAACAUUGAUGGUGGCAAUAAUUUGGGAGAAAAGGAGAAUUUUAUUGAGUUAUCAAAUACUUCGUGUGACAUUGAUGGUGGCAAUAAUUUGGAAGAAAAGGAGAAUCUUAUUUAUUUAUCAAAUGCUUCAUGCAACAUUGAUUGUAGCAAUAAUUUGGAAGAAAAGGAGAAUUUUGAGUUAUCAAAUGUUUCGUACAACACAGACCCUGGCAAUUUUUAUUCUAUGGAUUAUUUUUCUCCAGAAAAAACAAAUCAAGAAUUUCAACAAAUCCGUGAAACAAAUGAAACCCAUAAGGAAGGUGCAGGAAUCAGUUAUGUAACUACCAGGAGGCGACAUGAAGUUAUUAACAACUCAAUAAUAAUUUCACCCGACAAGUCUUAUGGAGAUGUCAGUACAAGCUGUAAUAAUUUAAUUGAAUUGACUGAAAACCAGAAAAGUAAUGUUACAUCCGUACAAGAAGGUGCUGAAAGAGGAAUUGUGUCUACAAGCAAUGAAUCUGCUGCUGAUAGCAUUGUAUCAAAGCAUGAAGAUAUUUUGUUGCGAGAUCACAUUCACAACAGCAGGGGGAGUAUCUGCCACAUUGGAAGCAAUAACACACGCGAGCGCGAUGACACGAAGUUGACAGGCUGUAAUACCUUAAGUGGGUCAAAAGUAGCAAUAGUACUGCAACCUGGAAAGAAAUGGGAACGAUCAUUAAGUAUUUAUAAAAGAAUGACAACAAUAGCCGACACCGACCAUUCUCUUCUAGACUGUGAACAAAUGGAACGUAAAGGCAGAAAAUAUAGACAAAGCGUAAUUGACACCAUGCAAAUGCAGAAAUCAUUUUGUUCCCUUCAUAAUGAACCAAUUAAUGGUCGGAGAAGUACUUUUAUUUGCAAACCUAGCAGGUCCACAAUAAAACUAGUAAAAGAAAACAGCAGUUCUCGGGCUAGCUUGUGUCCGACUACAGCAUAUGAAGAUUUGAAAGGAUUUCUGUCCGACGACUGUGAUGAUACGAUCGUCGAUUUGUCAAAAUUGUCCAUCGGCGAGUCGGUGCAUGAAGUGACUGUGGUUGAGAAGUUCCAUGAGGCAAGUCGCAUAGCCACCGCCCGCGACUACGUGCUGCGCCGCUGCAAUCAGACCGAGCCGCUGCCAUUUGAUGAAUGUUACCCGGACACGGCUCUGAAGAACUGCCACAAGAUCGGCGAGGGUGUGUACGGGGAGGUUUUCCUGUGGCGGGCGCGCGACGGGGAGGCGCGAGUGCUCAAGGUCAUCCCCAUUGCGGGAGACAUCAAGGUGAAUGGCGAGCCGCAGAAGGGCUACCACGAAAUCAUCUCUGAGAUUGUGAUUGCUAUGGAAUUGAGCGCCCUGCGCGCUCCCAUACCGGACAUUGAGAAACGCUUGGACGAGGGCAAAGAGCUCGACGACUUGGAUUUACACUCCAUAGAGAACGCUACAGACAUUUUUAACGAGGUAAGGCGAUGUCUUCAUAUGUAGGCGACAACGAACUGUUACAGUUACUGUUACAACUGGAAAUGUAAAGUCCCUCAUGGCAUUUCAACGUGGGAUCUAAAGCACACAUGAAAACAGCC